AUGAUACCUUGGCAAGGGCGAAAUAUGAUAGAGAAUUUCCCCCACUCAAUGAUUCACGAUAUUAGCACAGGAAAAACAUUGCCAAACCCAAAAAAAGAAAAAACCGGGAAUGAUUCACUCAAUAUCAACAAAUUUUCCUCCAUCGUCCCUUUUUCAGCUGUUGUGACAUUUGGCGAAUGGCAUUUGCCAGCUUUUGUUAGUUGUCAUAUAAAUGGGAAAACGCUGAGAGCUUUAGACACAUAA